GUACAUUAAAGCACCAAUACUCCAGAAAAAAAAGUCUGCUUCACCGUCGUCGCCGCCGUAGCAGCUACUUCCGCUACCACAGUCCACAGCUACCCUCUCGCCUCCGCCCCCCAUUUCUUCUUCCUUCUCCUCCACUUCCGCAAGACUGAACCUCGGGCUCGCCAAUUCCACCGGUCGAUCUCGCCCUAACAACAGGAUCUCAGUCUCCUGCACUAUGUCUAUGUCUACGAUCAGAGACGCGGGGGCUGUCACCGUUACGGAGAAGGACGACUCCGACCCGGCUCUGUGGGGUCGACCCGAUGCUUCCGGUGGAUUCGACAAAUUCGGCGGCAAGUACGUCCCCGAGACUCUCAUGUAUGCUCUCACUGAGCUCGAAUCCGCCUUUAAUUCAAUCAGGAACGACCCUGAUUUUCAGACAGAACUGGGCCGCAUUUUGAAAGACUUUGUUGGAGGGGAAACCCCUCUUUACUUUGCGGAGCGGCUGACCGAUCAUUACAGGCGUCCGAAUGGUGAAGGGCCACACAUUUACCUCAAGAGGGAAGAUCUGAACCACACUAGGGCUCAAAAUAUCAACAAUGCCAUCUGCCAGGUUCUGCUCGCCAAGCGGUUGGGGAAGAAGCGGAUCAUUGCAGAAGCUGGAGCAGGGCAGCACGGGGUUGCUGUUGCGACUGCCUGCGCGAUGUUUGGGUUGGAAUGUAUCAUCUAUAUGGGUGCACAAGAUAUGGAAAGGCAAGCACUUAAUGUGUUCAGGAUGCGGCUUCUGGGAGCUGAGGUGAGAGGGGUGCAUUCUGGGAUGGCCACUCUGAACGAUGCUACAUCGGAAGCUAUAAGGGAUUGGGUGACCAACGAGAAGUCGUCUCAUUAUAUUCUGGGUUCGGUUGCCGGCCCACAUCUGUAUCCCAAGAUGGCAACGGAGUCCCACAUGGUGAUUGGCGAGGAAACCAGAAGGCAAGCAAUGGAGAAAUGGGGUGGGAAGCCGGACAUCCUCGUUGCGUGCAUUGGUGGGGGUUCGAACGCGAUGGGAUUGUUUGAGGAUUUCGUCAAGGACAAAGAUGUUAGGUUGAUUGGUGUGGAGGCUGCUGGUUUUGGUCUGGAUUGCGGUAAGCACGCUGCAUGGAGCUAUGAGCUAUUUGUUACAAGAUGAUGAUGGGAAAAUCAUUGAGCCUCACUCCAUUGCUGGGUAACAUUUGUGAUUUCGUAGUCAGUUGCUUUUGAUUUGAAUUAUUAUACCUUUAUGUAGUGUACUUAGUUGCUAUGUGCUGUUUGAAUUAGGUUACAUUACCCUGGAGUUGGACCGGAGCACAGUUUUCUGAAAGAUAAAGGUCGUGCUGAAUACUAUUCUGUCACUGAGGAGGAUGCACUAGAAGGUAUGAAAGUUCUUCCUAGGUUGUGCUUUCUAUUUGUAUGCUGUUGAAUCUGCCAUGGUUGAAAAUUAGUCUUGCUUUGGCUCGUGCGUAUCUAUUGGCAAGCCCUUUGUAUCUUUGUACUUUUCCUAUGCUUUCCCGACCAAAGAGUUCAUUGGAGAAUUCAUGCUCUCCAUUUGGUUAACCUCACUGGUAUUUGAGAGCUACACAACUGAUAAGUAACAUUCCGGUUAACAGUCAUAAGCCUUGAAGCUUUAAGAGAAUGUACUAGUUUGCCUGGGAUUGUGUUUUUGAAAAUACUUGAAUUAGUGACUGUUACCCCCUGGCUGAAAUCCAUCGAACAGCGUUGAACCAUAGUUUUUCCUGUGGAAGGCAACUGCUUAGACACAAGCGUCCAGCCAUAUUGUCUGGUUUAUGUUCAGGGUCCUUAUGUGCUUAAUCUCCCAUGGACACAACUAGACUAACUGACCAUCUUCUUGUUCAGCUUCCUUCCCUUUUGCUCCUUUAGGAAACCAGAAGAACUCCCCUUUUGCACCUUCACUGUGUGAAAACUGAAAACAAUCCAUCUCACUACUUCUUUUCACACUUGCAGCAUACAAGAGAUUAUCAAGAUUGGAAGGCAUAGUCCCUGCACUGGAGACAUCCCAUGCUCUGGCUUACCUUGAAAAGCUGUGCCCAACGCUCCCUGAUGGAACUAAGGUCGUGCUGAUCUGCAGUGGCCGCGGGGACAAGGAUGUACAGACUGCCAUCCACAAGCUUAGAUUUUCCUUCUCGUUUGACAAAAGGGAACGAGAAGCCAAGCACUAAUAGUUGAGUUACACUUUGUUGUUGUAAAACUGAAGGCUCUUCUGACAAUCUGUUAGAAACCUAUUUCUGGGUUUUUCUGGGUUUCUACCAGACGGGUUGUAUGAUUGGGAAUUGAUCGAUAUUUAGCGAUUUUGAUAGAAAGGGGAUAAAAUUGGGGAGUUAAAGAUAGGAAGAACAAAAGUGGGGAUUGGGGAUUGAGAAGAGGAAUUUAAGCAGAAAUUGAAGAGAGUGGAAUAAUACUUGGCCAGUUCAUUUCUCAGACAAAAAACCCAAAGUAUUUUUGGUGAACUUUUUUUCUCGCACCAUGCACUCGCUUCAUAAUUGUUAUUCUGAGCAAGUAAUUCAUGUCAAAACAAUGUUAAUCAUCAAAUAUGAUAUGAUGUCAAAACAAUGUUAAUCAUCAAAUAUGAUAUGAUUGGACAAGAAAUCCCAUGAAUUACCAUAAAAAUUAUUUAAAUUU